GAAAGUUGACCACAACUCAUGCAUUUGAGAACAUGCAUCAAUUUAACUGCAUUAUUCUUGAAAAUUAGGAAUGGAAGUUCCACUUUUAAACAAGAAGCAUUGCCACUGAUGCUUUAAUCAAAUGCACUAGGUCACCCCCAUGAACAGUUCCUAUUGUUAUUUAUCCAUCAUGACAUCCAUCAAAAGUUUUUGCUUCUUUUUUUUCAUUAAUAUAUGUUUUCCUAUUUUCUUUUACAUCUUGUAUGAUCCAUUUAAUUUAAUUUAAUUUUUUUUCAAGUACAAGUGAUCCUGCAAAUAGUGUCCAAGAAGGUUAUGUGUUUCCGUUGGUGCUGGGUGAAAUGAAGGGUGCAUGUUUACCACUGCCGAGUGCAGUUAUAUUGCCUUCUCCCAUCUUGCUAUGGAGGUUUAAGGUUAUAUUGUUUUUGCUGUGGGGCUUUAUUUGUUGCAAGAUUGGAUGGGAUUCAGUCAUGAGAAUGGGUGCAGACUUACAGGAUUUGUUCUUAUAUGAGGCCUUCCCCUUCUUCUUGUGACAAUGAUGGUUUAGCACUGGGGAGUGAGCUUAUGGGUUUUCUCACAGGGCAGUGUUAAUUAUGCAAAAAUUUUUGAUCUUGAUCAAAAUCAUCUUACUCACAAAGAUAUAUGGAAGCGUAGCAUUUGGAUGACCAUUAUUAUCCCAACUAGCAUGACAGCAUAUCUUUAUCUCUAUUCCCAUGGAGAAGUAUCAUUGGCUGCAUCACAACCAGUGUAGCAUCUGUCCUGCCCAUUAUACAAUUUUGUUGCAUUAUUUUUGCAACUGUUAAACUUUAUUGUACUCGUUCCACUUUAUUGUAUCAUUGGCUAAGGUAUGAAGCUGCAUCAUUUUUUGGUCCUUUGUUUUUGGUAUAUUUAAUUGAAAAGCUAUAGCUAGGGACAUAUUUAGGAAUGGUGUUGUGAAUCUGCACGGUCCUGGAGAAGCUCUAUUUUCCUGCAUUUUAGAUUCAGAUAGAUUGUAUGGCAUGGAAAGUACCAGCUUUCCUACUCUUUCAAACUUUUCUAUCCUAGGCUAAAGCUACGAUAUUGGAAUCAUUCAGUUCUGUGAAAGGAGCUUCAUUUUAUAAUGCACUUAUAAUUGUCAAUUGAGUGCAGGUAUUUUCAGAUUUGGAACGUUCAGUUUGCCGUAUGGUUCACCGCCAGAUCUUAAAAGGACGAAAAGGGGAAGAAGACGAAGACGAUAGAAACUGUCAAGUGUGCCUCCACCUCAGCAUCCAUCUCAACAACAAAAAGGCCACGUCAGACACAGAGGAAGGGCUUAUGAACGAACUGUUAAAUGUUAACGGAAGCCUUAACAGAGGGGCUGAUUUGCCACUGCAGGGGAGUUGAGGGGGUGAUUUGCGCAUGAAGUGAGUUGAGGGGGUGAUUUGCCACCAGUUGUUGAGUUGAGGGGGUGAUCUGCACCUUUUGCCCAAUAUCAGAUCCCUAAAACGGAAACUGAUUUCAUCUGGUGACUUAAGAACUUUUUCCCUUUAUAGUUUUAAGAUGGAUUUAAAGGGUUUUUUCAAAAGAAUAUCCUAAAAUCGAAUCUGCUCCCCUCCUCCAGUCCCCAUCUCUUCCUUUGAGAUCGUGAAUGGAAAAUCCAGAACUUGUCCCUGAUUUUCAAGGCAAAAACACAAGAUUUCUUUAAGCAAAAAAAGAAAAAGGGAAACCAAUCAAAAUUCAGAGAACUUGACCCCUCUCUGAUCUUUCCCAUCAUCUUUAAUUCUUGAUUGCCUCUGUAAUGUUGGGUAGGAUUGUGAAAGUGAGGUGAAGAAGGAACCCAUGCUAUGGGUAAAGGGGAAGAGAGAAGGAGAUGAGAGAGAAACGUUAAUUGCUGUUUGUAUUCGUUUUUUGGUUUUAUGGAGCGAGUGUUGAAGGGCGAUUGCCCCUAGCAUUGCUCUUUUGGCUAAAUUCAUACUUCAAUUCUUUCCAUCGCAGCUGAUUUUUGAAAGCUUUGAAUGGAUCGCCUCUAGUUCCAGGCAGGUAAAGCUUUCCCGUUCGCUGAAUUUUUUGUUUCCAAUUUUAGGGAUUCAAUGCACUUUACCUAUUCUAUUAAUUUCUUGUUCCUGCUGUAUCACUGGAAUCCCUGAACUGUAAUCCUUACAUCAAUCCGAUGACAGGUGAUUUUCUGAAGCUUUGAAUCGAUUUUCCUAUUUUCUGAAUGUUGUAUUUGUGUUCUUGUUCCGAUCCUGAUGAUUCGAUUCGUUCUGCAUGUUCGUGUUUGGUUUUGAAAUUCGUUUCUAAGAUUUCUAGCAUUUUGUAGAAUUCACACCUUAAAUUUUAACCAUAAGAAUAUAUAGAAUCUUGUAAAUGCUUUCGAUUUCUAUGGUUCCAUGGGGUUUUACU